AUGGUUUUCAUUAAAUUUUUGAAAAACAUUGACGAGGAAAAGAAACCUUUAUUUUGUCUAUUCGCCAAAGUAAUAGAGCAUUAAACAGUUAUGGUAUUUUAAAACACUUUGUAUGUUUUUGAUAAUCAAACAAUAAUUGAUUAUUUUAUUGAAUAUAGAAAACAAUUUUAAAAUGUUUAUUCAUUAUAAGACACUUGCAAAUCCUGCUAUUAAUUACAUAGGAAAUUUGAUGCAGAUAUUGAUGUGAUAAUAUAUAAUUUUUUGAUUGAGGAUCAAACAGCUGAUAAUAAAGACAUAGAAAUUACAAAAAAGGGAGGGAAAAAAAUUUCUUUAAGUGUUAAGAAAGUUUCAUAGCUUAAUUAACCGCAAAAGUCAUCAGUUUUGAUAGUAUAGCAUCCUUUGUGUAUUAAUUUUUAUCUGCUUUUAAACAACUAGUUCAAAUAAAUACUGGAAAUGAAACUCAAAGACAUAAUAAUUAGUUUUUCUAUAACAAAUGAAUAGUAAUUAAUAAUUUUGAAUGAAAAAAAUGAGUUGGAGAUUUAUGAAUUAUCUCUUGGUAUACUACAUAGUUAAAGUAUUUUGUUGAAAAGAAUAGCUUUAAAUGUUUAUGAUUAGAUAUUUUUUAAAAUAACAUGUAAUUAUCUCCAUGGAUAAAGAAAUGUAUAUAAAGUAAGGCAAGGUGAUCUGCACGAAUUUUUAAAGUAUCAUGAUGUAAAGGAUUCCUAACCAACAGACUUAGAAUAGUUAGAUGAUAGAAUGACUGACAUUAGAAAUAUGAAAGUGCAUCAGCUGAGAAAAGACUGUUGGGUUUUCGCAUAUAAACGAUAUGAGCAUUUUGUUUAUUCAUAAAAUAGUAUAUACAAAAUAUUAGACUAAAUGGUGAUUACCACGAUGGCAUUGUCAAAGUUUUUCUAUUAAAAAAUAAAUCAUGUGGAACAAGAGGAGUAUUUAGUUUAAUAUGAAAUACUAGUAACAGCAGGUUUGGAUUAAGAGAAAGAAUAGAAUGCAGAUAGAGCUUAUAUUAAGAUAUUUUAACUAUUGUAGUCGUCCUAAUUGAAAUGCACAAUGCUAAUUCCUAUCUUAUAGAUAGUAGAUUUGAAAUAUGAAAUUGAGUAUUUGGAAUUUAUUGGACAAUAUGAUUUAAUAAUGAAAGACACAAAAGGGUAGAUUGGAAUAAUAUAGUUUACAGUAGAAGAAUUUGGGUAAGUUCUGUUGUAGGAUUAAGAUUGA